ACUCCCUAUCGGUUCGUGGGCUUGCUUCCAUUUUCGAAUUAUUACAAGACGUUACAAGAGUUGUUUGUCUCGUUUUCAGCAAUCUACAAACUUGUGUGGCUCUAUAAUAAAUAAUCGCAGUGGAAAAUAUAAAACUCAGUCGCUGUCAGUUUAAGGUUUUAUUUAAAAAAAAAAAUAAAAAAAAAAAAAUAAUGGCCUGAGAACACAUUUUCAAACAAGAAAACAUGAAUUUUCCCUUCCCAAACAAGAGCGGGCAGCGAGAAUAAGAAGAGACCAUGGACUAGAUUUUGGGCUUUCACAUAUUAAACUUAGACGGUGUGGUCGACGAAGCGCCAUUAUUAACAAAUAAAUGACAAAAAGAAAAUGAUUAUGGACAAAAAGGAUUUGAUUAGUAAACAAAAAGAAAAAUGAUACUCACAGAUUAGACUUCAACCUUUUGGACCACAAAUGAAAUUAUGAUCAGACACAAAAACUGAAGGCACAAUAUUGACAAAGAAAAUCAAAAUAAAAUAAAAUAAAUGGGAAAAUUCCAGGUGGGCGUGAGGCUAUCAGUAAAAUGAGAUAUUAUACACGUGUACAUAUGAAUGAUGGUGACCGCCACGGUGGCCACCCACCAGCCAACGAGAGUCUUAGACACACACACUCUCUCUCUAUCUGAAUUCAAAUAGAUAAAUAAGUGGAUGCUUUCACAGGUGCGUGCGCGCACUCACCGGAAAAAUACGAAAUAAAGUAACAGAAGUAGCCGUUACAUCCUCUCUCUCUCUCUCUCUCUCUCUCUCUGCAACUUCAAUUCAUUCGCUGACCCCGAAAAGAAAAGAAGAAAAAAGAGGAAAAUACUGAAAAUAACUUCUUCUUACUCUUGAAAGUACUUUGCUCAACGUUCUCUUUAACUCUCCGUUACGACUAAUAUUCUUCCUUUUCUUUUGAUUUUUUUUUUCCGUUGUUAUUGCUUCACCGGCGCAUUCUUGAUUUCCCGACCACUCUUUUCAGCCGCUCUCUCUUUGGCCUCUCAGCAACUUCAACUUCACUAGUAUGAAUGCAAGAGAUCAUUGGUAUUGAAGGAGAACAAUGGUAGGGACUCCUGGCACACCUGCGUGUAAGAUACAGAGAACACCAUCUACAACUCCAGGAGGUUGUUCAAGAAUUCGUGAGGAAAAGAUUUUAGUUACAGUUAGAAUAAGGCCGUUAAGCAGAAAGGAACAAGCGUUAUAUGAUCUUAUUGCUUGGGAUUGCCCUGAUGAUCAUAGUAUAGUUUACAAGAACCCCAAUCAUGAGCGCCCCGCAGUGCCAUACACAUUUGAUAAAGUUUUUGAUGCUGCUAGCUCAACACAAAAGGUGUAUGAAGAAGGGGCUAAGAAUGUUGCUCUUUCUGCUCUUAUGGGAAUGAAUGCAACCAUCUUUGCAUAUGGGCAAACUAGUAGUGGCAAAACGUUUACCAUGAGAGGAAUCACCGAAAAUGCCAUCAAGGACAUCUAUCAGCACAUAAAAAAUACUCAAGAGAGGGAAUUUGUUCUGAAAAUAUCUGCCUUGGAGAUCUACAAUGAAACUGUUAUAGAUCUUUUGAACCGUGAAUCUGGUUCCCUUAGGCUUUUGGAUGAUCCUGAGCAGAAAGGAACCACAGUGGAAAAGUUAGUUGAAGAAGUUGUUAGGGACAGCCAACAUUUAAGGCACUUGAUUGGAAUCUGUGAAGCUCAAAGGCAAGUUGGAGAAACUGCACUAAAUGAUAAAAGUUCAAGAUCGCAUCAGAUAAUACGGCUGACCAUUGAGAGCUCACUCCGGGAAAAUUCAGGACGUGUGAAGUCCUUUUUAGCCAGUUUGAAUCUUGUGGACCUUGCUGGAAGUGAACGUGCAUCCCAAACAAAUGCGGAUGGUACAAGAUUGAAGGAAGGCAGUCAUAUUAACCGCAGCUUGUUGACACUCACGACAGUAAUUAGAAAGCUAAGUGGUGGAAAAAGGAGUGGUCACAUACCCUAUAGAGACUCGAAACUCACACGGAUAUUGCAGCACUCGCUGGGGGGUAAUGCCCGGACUGCUAUCAUAUGUACUAUAAGUCCAGCAUUAAGUCAUGUGGAGCAAACAAGGAACACCCUUUCAUUUGCAACUAGCGCAAAGGAGGUUACCAACAAUGCUCAAGUAAACAUGGUUGUUGCGGAUAAGAGUUUAGUUAAGCAUUUGCAGAAGGAAGUGGCCAGACUUGAAGCAGAGUUACGAAGUCCAGAGCCUUCUAGUUCUUGUUUAAAGAGUAUACUAAUGGAAAAGGAUUUGAAAAUUGAGCAGAUGGAGAGAGAAAUGAAAGAGCUGAAGCGCCAGAGAGAUCUUGCACAGUCCCAGCUUGAACAAGAAAGAACAGUACACAAGCAGCUGAAGGGACAAAACCAGGGCCCGUCCAGCCAAGUAGUUAGGUGCCUUUCUUUUCCUAUUGAGGAUGAAACAGCUAUAGCUAAGCAUACUCCAGAAACACGACAAAGAAAUGUAGGUGGAAGGCAGGCAAUGAUUAGGCAGUCAAUCACUUCUACAGAUCCAUCCUUGCUUGUUCAAGAGAUACGGAAGCUCGAGCAGCUGCAGAGGCAACUUGGUGAGGAAGCAAAUCGAGCACUUGAAGUACUUCAUAAUGAGGUAGCUUCUCACCGAUUGGGGAGUCAAGCAACUACAGAAACGAUAGCAAAGAUGCUGUCAGAAAUUAAGGACAUGCAAGUUGUUAACUCUGUUUCUGAAGUUGUGAUUGGAGAAAAAGCCAGCCUGAAGGAAGAGAUCACUCGAUUAAACUCUCAAGAAAGCACCAUUGGAUCUUUAGAAAGGAAGCUUGAUAAUGUUCAGAAAUCUAUAGAAAUGCUGGUUUCGUCGUAUGCAUGUAAUGAAGAGACUCCAGAGUUCAAGUCCCUCUUGAAAAAGAAAAAGAGCUUUCCUUUCGCAUUGAGCAACAGUUCAAACAUGCAAAAUAUCAUACGAUACCCAUGCUCUCCUCUGUCCUCUUCUCGAGGAGUAGUAAAUCAUAAUGAGAUUGAAAACAGAGUUCCCGAGACCAGUGGUUCAUUGUUUAGUGACAAUACAUCGGUUAGACCAUCUGAAGUUACUCCACUAAGAAGUGAAAAAAGUGGCUACACUUCAUCAAGGGAAGGAACUCCAAACUCGCGAUCAAAUUCAGUUAAUGUGAAAAAAAUGCAGAGAAUGUUUAAGAAUGCUGCUGAAGAGAACAUUAGGAGCAUUAGGGCUUAUGUUACUGAACUAAAAGAAAGGGUGGCAAAGUUACAAUACCAAAAGCAGCUUCUGGUUUGCCAGGUGUUAGAGCUAGAGGCAAAUGAGGGUACUACUGCUGAAAUGGAUAUCAUUGAUCAGUCUCCUAUGGCCUGGCACUUGCUUUUUGAGGAUCAGAGAAAGCAGAUUGUUAUGCUAUGGCAUUUAUGCCAUGUGUCUAUAAUACACAGAACUCAAUUUUAUCUUUUAUUUAAAGGAGACCCUUCUGAUCAGAUAUAUAUGGAAGUUGAGCUCAGACGAUUGUCAUGGCUGGAGCAGCAUUUGUCAGAACUUGGCAAUGCCAGCCCUGCACUGUUAGGUGAUGAACCUGCAGGCUCAGUGUCAUCAAGCAUAAAAGCUCUAAAACAAGAAAGGGAAUACCUAGCAAAGAGGGUGAGUUCGAAGCUAACAGCAGAAGAAAGAGAGGUUCUAUAUGCAAAAUGGGAAAUCCCACCAGUAGGCAAACAAAGGCGGCUGCAACUGGUGAACAAAUUAUGGACAGAUCCUCUGAACAUGCAACACAUAAAAGAAAGUGCUGACAUUGUUGCUAAGCUUGUUGGCUUCUGCGAAUCCGGCGAACAUGUCAGCAAGGAGAUGUUUGAACUAACAUUUGUAAACCCCUGUGACAAGAAGCCAUGGAUGGGGUGGAACUUGAUAUCAAACCUUUUACACUUGUAGCUGCUAACUUGGUUAUCAAUCAACUUCCGGUUUUUUUUUUUUUCUCUUUUAUAUUAAUAGCUGAGCAUUUUGUUAGACAAGCUGCAGUAAGUACAUGUAGUGAAUUGCCUGUAAUUAGGCUGGCCGCAGAAGUGAAGAUCAACCUAGUGACAUUUCUAUUCAAACUUUUAUACGACUAAAACUUAAUGUCAUGAUCAACAGAUGAGUGGCACGCCUUUUUUGAA